AACGACUCUCAGAAACAAUACCGUUUGUCGCUUUUUCAGAUUAUCGAUGAUUGUAGUUUUUCCAUCAUAUUUUCCAAGUGUUUUUGUUAAAAUUAGGUUUAAAUAGAAAAAAAAAACACCCCUAAGCAACAUGAGAGAAUUACGUGAAAAUCUCUGUAUUAUAGUCGAGUGUUUAGUGAAGUUUUAAUGAUACAAAACUAAAGUAGAGACGCCAGUGAUUAUUUUGGAAAAAUCAUAACAAAGGGGAAUAUUUUCCUUCUGCUAAGGGAAAAUAGCAUAUUUUUUUUUCUUUUAAUGAACUAAAGUGAUAAAAAAAAAACAAGAGAGAUUGAUAAAAAUUAGAGCAGUAUUAAAAUUCUAUAAAUGGCCCUUUUAUUUACGAGCAUGUGGGACUCAACAAUGUUCCUGAGCACUCUAACCCCUAAAUUUUAUGUUGCUCUCACCGGAACAUCAUCAUUAAUUUCAGGACUUAUUUUAAUUUUUGAGUGGUGGUAUUUCAGAAAGUAUGGAACUUCAUUCAUUGAACAAGUUUCUUUAAAUCACAUAUCACCGUGGAUCGGUGGUGGAGACACAUCAAGUGAUGGAAAUAAUUCCAGCAUAAACAGUACAAAUUCCUCGAAUCAACAAAAUGUACCUGAAUGCAAAGUAUGGCGAAAUCCAAUAAAUCUUUUUCGAGGCGCCGAAUACCAAAGGUUCUAUUGGGCAACAAAUAAAGAGCCCUUGACUUAUUACGAUAUGAAUUUAUCGGCGCAGGAUCAUCAAACAUUUUUCACAUGCGAAGGCGAUAAUGGAAAAGCUGAAUAUGAAAUAAUGCAAACAGCAUGGAGAGAACGUAAUCCAAUGGUGCGAAUUAAAGCAGCUCACACGGCACUUGAACAUAAUCCGGAUUGUGCACCGGCUUAUAUUCUGUUAGCCGAGGAGGAGGCAACGACAAUUCUUGAGGCGGAGAAAAUUCUUAAACAAGCGUUAAAAGUUGCUGAGAAUAAUUAUCGUAAAUCACAAAAUACACAGCAUCAAGGUUCGAUAGCCGAGGCAAUUCAUAGGCGAGAUACAAAUGUUUUGAUUUACAUUAAACGAAGACUCGCGAUGUGCGCGAGAAAAUUGGGAAAAUUAAAAGAGGCGGUGAAAAUGUUUCGCGAUUUAACCAAGGAGGUGCCGCCAAUUAUGAAUGUAUUAAAUAUUCAUGAAAAUCUCAUUGAGGCAUUGCUUGAGAUGCAAGCCUAUGCGGACGUUCAAGCGGUUUUAGCAAAAUAUGACGAUAUAAGUUUACCAAAAUCGGCGACAAUUUGUUAUACGGCCGCUUUAUUGAAAGCGAGACUUGUUGCUGAUAAAUUUUCCCCUGAUAUCGCCAGUAAACGAGGAUUAACCACAUCGGAAAUGUCGGCUGUUGAAGCUAUUCACAGAGCAGUGGAAUUCAAUCCUCACGUUCCCAAGUACCUUUUGGAAAUGAAACCAUUAAUAUUGCCGCCUGAACAUGUUUUAAAACGUGGCGACUCUGAGGCAAUUGCUUAUGCGUUCUUUCAUCUUUCACACUGGAAACAAAUGGAGGGAGCAUUAAAUUUACUGCAUUGCACGUGGGAGGGCACAUUUAGAAUGUUACCCUAUCCAUUGGAACGUGGACAUUUAUUUUAUCCCUAUCCAACAUGCACAGAAUGUGCUGAUCGUGAACUAUUGCCAGCGUUUCACGAUGUCAGUGUCUAUCCAAAAAAAGAGUUACCAUUUUUUAUUUUAUUCACCGCCGGUUUGUGCUCGUUCACUGCAUUGGUAGCACUCUUGAUACAUCAAUAUCCAGACACAAUGGGUGUCGUUGCACGUGCAAUGCUCGCCUGGUUUUCUCUUCCAUUUUACUAUGUAAUGGAUAAACUCGAGACAGUUUUGCCCUCGAAUCUUCUACAACAACUUUCAAGAAUAUAAAAGAUCUUUACAAAGAAAAAAGAUCCAAAAUCUAUUGUGAUAUUUGUAGUACGAUUUCUUUAUUUUCAAAAAAAAAAAUUAUUAAUUAACAAACUAAUUUUUUAAUAACAAUUCAUUAUUAAUUGUUGAUAAAUUGAUUGUUAAUUAAUAAUUAUAAUCUAUGUGAGAAUACGGAUGACAUUCUUUAUUAGAGAUUACAAGAAAAAAAAAAGUUAAGUUAUAUUAAACAAAUUGUUUUUUAUUUUGUAUCUACAUUUUUGAAAUGUAGUCACAAGAUUGUUUGAAAGCUGAAUGAACAAUGAAAAAAUGAAUUCCAUAUUUUAUUUUAUUCAGGACUGAUAAUACUC